AUGUUUGCUCGCUCAGCAUUCCGCGCGGCGCAGCCGCUCAAGACUCAGGCUCGUCGCUACGCCACCGAGUCGGCACCCAAGGGCGGAUCCAACACCCUCCUCUACGCCGCCGGUGCCGCUGCCCUUGGCGGUGCUGGCUACUACUACUUUGGCGGGUCGAGCGCUGCGCCCAAGAUCGAGGCCGUCUCGCCUCCCAAGGUGGCCUUUGCGGGCGGCGACCAGGGCUUCAUCUCGCUGAAGCUGGCCGAGGUGGAGAAUGUCAACCACAACACCAAGCGCUUCCGCUUCGAGCUGCCCGAGGGCGACAUGGUCUCUGGCCUUCACAUUGCGAGCGCCAUCCUGACCAAGUACAAGGGCCCCAAUGACGAGAAGGCCACCCUCCGGCCGUACACGCCCGUCAGUGACGAGAACGACAAGGGCUUCAUUGACCUGCUGGUCAAGAAGUACCCCGACGGACCCAUGAGCACGCACCUCCACAACAUGGAGCCCGGCCAGCGGCUCGACAUGAAGGGCCCGCUGCCCAAGUACAAGUGGGAGGAGAACAAGCACGACCACAUUGCGCUGAUUGCGGGCGGCACGGGCAUCACGCCCAUGUACCAGCUCGCGCGCGCCAUCUUCAACAACCCCAACGACAAGACCAAGGUGACGCUCGUGUUCGGCAACGUGACGGAGCAGGACAUUUUGCUCAAGAACGAGUGGGAGCACCUCGAGAACACGUACCCCCAGCGCUUCCGCGCCUUUUACGUGCUCGACAAGCCGCCCCAUAGCUGGCCCGGCCCCGGUGGCUUCAUCAACAAGGACCUCCUCAAGACGGUCCUGCCCGAGCCCAAGGAGGAGAAUGUCAAGCUGUUCGUGUGCGGUCCUCCCGGUCUGAUGAAGGCCAUCUCUGGCAACAAGGUCAGCCCCAAGGACCAGGGCGAGCUCACGGGCAUUCUCAAGGAGCUCGGCUACAAGGAGGACCAGGUGUAUAAGUUUUAG